GGCGGGGCCGGUUGCCUUGGAGCCCGCGAGACGCAGGGGCCGCCUCAGCGGUGCGGAGCGCCGGCCGCGGGCUUCCGUCACCAUGUCGGUGCUGGACGCGCUUUGGGAGGACCGGGAUGUCCGCUUCGACGUGUCCUCUCAGCAAAUGAAAACAAGACCUGGAGAAGUCCUUAUUGAUUGUUUAGAUUCAAUUGAAGACACCAAAGGAAAUAAUGGGGAUAGAGGUAGACUCUUAGUAACAAAUUUAAGAAUUAUCUGGCACUCUUUGGCAUUACCCAGAGUCAAUCUUUCUAUCGGUUACAACUGCAUAUUGAAUAUUACAACAAGGACUGCUAACUCUAAAUUACGAGGCCAAACUGAAGCUCUUUAUAUUCUAACAAAAUGUAAUAGCACUCGUUUUGAAUUUAUAUUUACAAAUCUGGUUCCUGGAAGUCCUAGACUUUUUACUUCUGUAAUCGCAGUACACAGAGCAUAUGAAACUUCCAAAAUGUAUCGUGAUUUUAAAUUGAGAAGUGCACUAAUUCAAAACAAGCAACUAAGAUUAUUACCACAAGAACAUGUAUAUGAUAAAAUCAAUGGAGUAUGGAAUUUAUCCAGUGAUCAGGGAAAUUUAGGAACUUUUUUUAUCACCAAUGUGAGAAUUGUAUGGCAUGCAAACAUGAAUGACAGUUUUAACGUCAGUAUACCAUAUCUGCAAAUUCGCUCAAUAAAGAUUAGAGAUUCAAAAUUUGGUUUAGCUCUUGUUAUAGAAAGCUCUCAACAGAGUGGAGGAUAUGUUCUUGGCUUUAAAAUAGAUCCUCUGGAAAAACUACAAGAAUCAGUUAAGGAAAUCAAUUCACUUCACAAAGUCUAUUCUGCUAGUCCUAUAUUUGGAGUCGAUUAUGAGAUGGAAGAAAAGCUACCUCAAGAUGAUGUAGAAAUAGACUCUGAGGAUCACACAGAUGCUUUUGUGGCUUAUUUUGCUGAUGGCAAUAAGCAACAAGAUCGUGAACCUGUAUUUUCAGAAGAACUGGGGCUUGCAAUAGAGAAAUUGAAGGAUGGAUUCACCCUACAGGGACUUUGGGAAGUAAUGAGUUGAUCUUGAGUUGAGCUGGAUUUCUAUUUAAAGAUAUCUCAAGAUUAAAGAUA